AUGUCAGAAGAGGUAGAGUACCGCUGUUUUAUUGGGGGCCUUUCAUGGUCCACAUCUGAUAGAGGUUUGAAAGAGACUUUUGAAAAGUUUGGUCAUCUUGUUGAAGCAAAGGUAGUGGUUGACAAGUUCAGUGGACGCUCCCGUGGAUUUGGCUUUGUCACUUUUGAUGAGAAAAAAGCAAUGGAAGAGGCUAUUGAAGAGAUGAAUGGAAUGGAUUUAGAUGGGCGAACUAUCACUGUCGAUAAAGCCCAGCCUCAGCAAGGUUCAAGCAGAGAUCUUGAUGGUGACCGCAGCCGUGAUAGGGAUCGUGACCGUGGGCAUGAUCGUGACAGGAAUCGUGACUAUGGAGGUGGACGUGGAUCUAACGGUGGAGAUUGCUUUAAGUGUGGCAAGCCUGGACAUUUUGCUAGGGAGUGUCCGAGUGAAGGGGCAAGAGGUGGUAGGUAUGGUGGCAGAGAUGAGAGAUAUUCUGGCAGUGGAAGCAGUGGUGGGAGUCGCUAUGGCCCUGAUCGCAAUGGAGAUCGAUCUGGUGGGCGUAAUCGGGAUGGUGGUAGUCGUGGAGGUUCGGGAGCUGAUCGAUAUAGUCGUGAUCGUUCAGGACCCUAUGAACGUCGGGCUUCUUCAGGGUUCCGUUCAGGAUAG